AGAAAAUAAACGCCACCAAACGAAGACGGUUCAGCAGCUCCAGCGGAAGUUGCUGGCAUCCUUCAUCAAAUAGCCGUGGUUUGACGUACGGGAGUGCAAUCGCUGUGCAGCUCCUCAAAGACCUCUGGACGGUGAAAUGCGAUCCAAAAGGAUGAAGUUUGCAGCAAAAUGGAUCCCCAUUUCCAUCACGCUCGGCAUCGUUGGCGGUUGUUGGUGUGCGGCACUGUCGGACGUCACACAGCCAGCCGACGUCGAGCAGGCCCAGCAAGCUUUCCGCAUCACGCCGAAGGACAUCGAGGCCGUCCAGGGCGAUGAGGUGGUGAUGCGCUGCGAGGUCGAGCAUCUCGCCGGCUGGGUCCAGUGGACGAAGGACGGCUUUGCGCUCGGUUUCGGCAACGAGAUCGUCGGCUUCCCGCGGUUCUCCCUCAACCAGAACCACAGCGACGGGGUCUACAAUCUGCGCAUCACCAAUACCUCGUACGACGACGCGGCCCAGUACCAGUGCCAGGUCGGGCCGGCCCAGCACAACCUGCCGAUCCGGGCCCAGGCCAAGCUGACCGUGCUCGCUCCACCGAAAGGCUACCAUGAUCAACAUUAACGGAACCGACCGCUCAACGCCGUGGUAGCCAGCAGUCAAUGCUGACGAGCUACAAAAGAGCAUAUUUUCCUAAAAUGGCCAACAAACAAAAAGGAUGAUUUGCUGAGCAUUUAGUUUCAAAGAUCAUUGCUAGGAAAACAUUUAAUUGUAGAACUUGAUAGGACCCCACAUAGGACAUAUCAAUGCAGAUCAGUCGCAAAAACCUGACCAAACAUAAAGGAACAUAUCAUUACGAUUACGGAACCUAGACUAACGAUUGAAUGAUAAAAACGAUAAAAACGGGGCCUCGAGAGCCGCGCGACCCCGGAUGCCCCCGGAAAAUCACCCCAAGGGCUAUCGCAAAGCCAUUGAUCACAUUGUGAAGGUAGCACAGGGCAACGCCAGCGGCAGGGUGAAAAGUUGCCAAUUAAACGAAGAGGAAAAUAAUUACCGGCAUGCCAGUUAUUUGAAUUUCGAGCGUACGUUAAUUUUCAUUGCUUUUGCUCUGGCAGCGGCCAGACAUUUUUGUACGUUGGCCAGAUUCCUUACGUUUCCGUGUGUAUGCGAUUGUGUGUGCUUGUUUGGCGCCUCGUUCUUUUUCCGUGACUCGCGAGUUUCCUGUUCCAUUUUGUAUCAUUUUAUACAAUUAGCAAACAUGCAAUGCGAGGCGAGAAAAAACUGGCCGAAUGAUGAAUUUGGCCGGUGUGUAGAGCCAACGAAGGACUCGCCUUAAGCUUUUCCGCAGCUUUUUCACGCUUAUCGGGUUCAUCCAUUUAUCGGAUGUUGUUUUCCGAUCGUUUAUUUUAUUUUAUUUGCUCUUUUCGUUCGCUCCGCUCAUUUCGCUCUAUUUGCUGCGCAUUAACCGAAAAGCGGGACCAGCGGCGGUGCAUUGGUCAAUAUUGCAAUCACGACACUCCCGGAACCACAAUCAUGCGACACGCUGGCCGCGCAAUUCGACUCGCCGUUCGUUGAAUUUAGUCGCCAUUUUCGCCAUACGUUUUGGGGCGGUUUUUCUCUUCUGGACGGGCGGUCCGCUGGCAUUUUGCGUCUGCCGCAC